AUGGCUACCGAGACUCGUAGCCAAGAUGGGUGCUGGUCUUGCAGGCUCCGGAAGAAGAAGUGUGACGAAAGGCGACCUAUAUGUACGGAAUGCAUGUGCUUGGGACUUGAUUGCCACGGAUUUGGUACAAGACCGACCUGGAUGGACCGUGGUACUCGACAAAAGGCACAAGCAGCAAAGAUGAAGGAGAAGCUUGCACAGCUGACCAAGAACCGACGGCACAAACAGGCGCGAGCCCAAAACGAUUGGGUAGCUAAGCAGCCCCCAAACUCCCACGCGGAACGCUCCACCAUUCGAACCGAAGCUCCCGAUGCUUCGAACAACAUACUCAUGGACCAUGAGCACAGCUCUCCUACACAGACAUUUGGCGACAGGUCCCAGGAUGAGCAUGCAAGGAGUCAGCCUGCAGAAGUUCUUGAGGAGGAUGGCCAAAGCACAAUGGUCGCAGAUACUCUGGCUUCAUCGGAUGAUUCCGAUUCACAAAGGAUAUUCGAUGAUAUGACGUUUUUACCCGGAUAUCCCGUUACUCUUCCUCACUCGGGGGAUGCCGAUUUCCAGACAAGUCUCGAGGACAUAGACUUUCUCUCUGAGCAAAACUUCGACCUACCAGAGCUUGAAUCCAUCCUGACAGCCAACUUACACAUGGAACAAAGUACGGCUGGGCUGGGUGUUGCGGACGACCUUUGCGGCGCCUACCUGUCGCCGCCCGAGAGUCAAAUCAGCACAGCGUACCCAUCGCACGGGACUUCUUCAUUCAUGCUCCCCAUCACCGACAUGGAGGACGCCAUAUUGCUAGCCUACUGCAUAGAGAAGGUUUUCAACUGGCAGUUCCCGUUCUGUUCGACACCUCUGAGUGGUUUUAGCCAAGGGUACUUCUUAUGGCUCAUGUCCAAGUCACGACCCUUGUACCUGGCAUCUCUCGCAUUGAGCAUCUCGCACAUGAGCAAUCAAAGAGCGGUAGAAGGCCCUUACACAAAACUACGGUACGAAGAUCGUGCCGGAAGAUACAACUUGGCAACGGAAGAGUUUCAUCGCAACCUGAGAACGCCCAAAGCUGUCGAUGACAUAUCGAUGUUGGCUUGCACUGUUUUACUCAUCUCCUCCAGUCUUCUUCACAGUGGCAAAGUCGACUGGACCUCCCACCUGAGAACGGGCACGUCGCUAAUUGCCCCUUGGAUUGCCCAGAUACGGCAUGACACAAACUUGGUGUCUUCCAAAUCUCCCGAGGAGUCAUCAAGAGAUUUCUUCAUAGGUUCAAUAAUACGUAUUGAUAUUUUAUCGGCAAUCAACCAAGAUAGUGCUCCAGGACUUUCCAACAACUACAAGGAGUGGUUCGCGUCGACCGGCCAACGAUUAUCUCUCGAAACUGUUUGCGGCUGCAGCAACUGGAUAUUCGAAGUACUUCUCGACGUUUACUCAUUGCGAGACUGGAAGAAGAAAACAAGAGCAGCAGGCCUGCUCAGCUUGUGGGAGUUGACCUCCAAAGCAAACACGAUCCAGGUAGAUCUUGAGAAGAGGAUAGCCAGCAACAUGAUGGUCUUGAGAAAAAGCAAAGAAGACCUCGAACAGCACAAUAUCAGACACCUGCAUUCUAAUGCUCAGCGCCAAUACGAUAUACACGUUAUCAACCAUACCUUUGCCUGCGCCGUAUCUGUUCUUCUGGAGGUCAUUGUGUCCGGUGCGUAUCCGCGACUGCCAGAGGUCAAACAGAAAGCCGGGCGCGCGCUCGGCGCCCUGGCUGAUAUAAAGAACGACGCUCGGCUUCUCGAGCUACUCGCCUGGCCGCUCUUCGUCGUCGGGUGCGUCGUCGAAGAAGAGCGACACGGCUUCUUCCGUCAAAUUCUUUCAAGCCAGCUGAAAAACUCCGUUAGUCUCUGUGGUCUCCUCGAUUUACUCGAAGAAUGCUGGAAAUCAAGAGCGUCGGGAGAGGUUCGAGACGAAAAUUUUGAUUACUCGCAUCUACGGAUUCACAAUUCGAGAAAUGUUCUCAUUGUGUAA